AUGAAAUAUAGAGGUUCAUUAGUCAUUGUUCCAACUCCAAUUGGUAAUCUGGGUGACUUAAGUUUAAGAUAAUAUGAAGCUUUAACUCAAUCUGAUAUUAUAGCUUGUGAGGACACUAGAAAGACUGGCAAGAUGAUUGAACUUAUCAAGUAAAAAAGACUAAAAGAUCAAUUUAAGACAUAGUUCGGGUCAUCAAUUGAAGACUUUUUCGAAGAUAAGGAGAUAGAUGAAGCGAGAUAGGAGUAUGAGAAGAACAAAGAUAAAUAAAUGAAAGAAGAUGUAGUAGAACAGUAAAAUGAUGUCUCAAAUUUACAUGAGGAAGAGGGAGAUGAUUAACUUCUAUUCAGAUUACUUAAAGCGAAUGAAGAAAUAGACUAGAUUUAGAGUAUGAAGGAAGGUUAAGUUGGAGAUAUCGAUGUUGCAAAGUAAGAAAAUAAAGGGGAAUUAAAAGUUAAAGUGCAGGAAAUAUUGAAGAGACUGGAAAAAGAGAUUGAUCAAAACAAGUUUCACGAUCUUCAAACUGCUGAAUAGAUAAAUGAGUAGUCCUUAAAGGUUUUAACUCCUUAGGAUAGAAUUUUCAUUGAUCAGAUUGAUUAAGAGUAUUACUCUAGAGUCAAAUCAAGCGAGGAAUACUACAGAAGGAAAAAAUUAAUUUUAGCAAAUCUAGAUAGGUUGUAGAGAAAGGUUGAAUCAACUGCAAAAAAUUUUGAUGAUUAUGAGAGACUGAGAUUUAUCAUGCUAGAAAAAGCAAAACAAAAGAGAUCAGUCCUUAAGAACUUCAUUAAGUUUGAACAGUACAAUCAAAAGGAGAGAGUAUUCGGGAAAGAAGCAGAGUCUGAGGCAGCCAACUAAAACACUUAGGACUAAUCUGGUUAGAAUUAAUAAAACGAAGCUGAAUAAGAUGAUUUUGAUCUUCUUUAUGGUAUCGAUAAUUCUUACACAAAGGAAGUGAGAGAAAAAAUAAUUGAAUCUAAGAGGAAAAAGGGCAGAGGACUUCUUCUGAGUUUUUAUGAAUUUAAUUAGGAAAAAAGAAUACCAAGAUUAAUUAGAGCUAUGAAGCUUGGGCUUAGAGUAGCUUUAGUUUCUGAUGCUGGUACUCCAACUAUUUCUGAUCCAGGCUAUAAGUUUCUCAGGGAAUGCAAAAAGUAAGGUAUUUCUAUUGAACCUUUACCUGGCCCAUGUGCUGCUACAACUGCUCUCAGUGCCUGCGGAUUUCCAACUGAAAGAUUUUACUUCUAUGGAUAUCUCCCAAAAACAGAUUCAGAUAGAGAAUAAGCCCUAUUAGAUAUUAAAAGAUAGGCGAAAACUACUGCUAUUUAUGAAUCACCUAAUCGUUUAAUGAAGACUCUAGCCCAGGUAAUGGAGGUCCUCGGGGAAAAUCAUGAGAUUUACAUAGGAAUGGAAUUAACUAAAAUGCACGAGAAGCAUUAUAGAGAUACUGUGAAAAGAGUUUUCGAUUAGCUUGAAAGAGAAACAGAGGGAACUAGGAUAAAAGGAGAAAUUACGUUAGUUUUAUCGCCCUAUCAAGAUGAUGCAUAUGAUGAAACCUAGAGAGAAUUAAAAAGUGGAGGGUUUGAUCCCAGAAAAGAUGCAUAGAUUAAAAUUGAUUUACUGAAAGUAGCUACUAAAUUAAAUGAAUCUGUCGAGAUGUCAGAUCAUGAUUUUAGAGUGAUGCUUAAAUCCAUUUUUGACCAAGUUCCCUCCUAUCAUAUCAAUCAAAUUGUCAAAGUUAUAAAGAAAGGUGACAAAGAAUAGAGAUUUGAAAGGUUAUCUAGAAUGAUAAGAGAUUAGUGA